CGAGAACUUGUGUGCAUUGUUGCGUAAAUGUUGGUUGCAGAUUGCGAGUACGCAAGUUCCUCGACACUCUUCACCCAAUUCUGCAUCUCUUGUUCUUCUUCCCUUGAAAUCCCUCUUUGGUGAAGUGGGUGGGCGUGAGAUCUCGGGUUGGGGUGGAAUGGCAAUGUCGCAAGGGUUCGCAAUCGAGCUAUACUUGGAUCCAGCGUUGGAGAAUCAGGUUCUGAAGGCAUGGAACGUCAUGGCUCGGAGACAAAUAAGCACUCAACUAAUCGAAAUAGAGUCUCGUCCUCACAUCACACUCUUCUCUUCUCCGUUUCUAGAACCUUCCAAACUAGAAUCCAUCGUCAAAACCUUCGCCUCCAAACACGACCCUUUCCCUCUCUCUUUCUCUUCCAUUGGCACUUUCUGCAACGACAACAACGUUCUCUUUCUCGCCCCCACCCCUUCCCUUUCACUCCUUCAGUUCCAGUCUCUGCUCUGCGACGCUAUCAAGAAAGAAGGCGUUGAGGUUUCUGAUGAUUACGCCUUCAAUUCUUGGAUUCCCUAUUGCUCCGUUGCCGACCAGGUUCCCAAAGCAAGGAUGCCUGAAGCUUUCUCCGUCUUGCGAGACCUCAAAUUGCCCGUUUCCGGUUACGCCAUUGAUAUUGGACUCGUUGAGUUCUCUCCGGUUCGAGAACUCUUCUCCUUCGUUCUUGGCAACACCGUUGACUCAUGAGAGUUGAGAUACAAGCUCAGAAGUGCUUGCUGGUGUGUUGGACCUCUACAAAUUCAUAUGACUGACAACAUAAUGUUCAGUUUUUCUUGUUGACUAUCUGGAAUAGAAUGAAAUAGGUCAGCAUCCAAUGCUGAUUCUGAAUGAUUGAGUCCAUAAAUUUUGGUGUACUUUGACUCUUUUUUUACCUUAGAUUUUCUCCGGGCAGUUGUCUCUGGUCCACUAUAUUACCCUGUAUGUUUGGGGGUAUAUGAAAUCUAUUAGUAGCACUGGUGCUUGUAUUUUCAUAUGGGAAUCGCUGAGUAAUGCUACAUACACUAGUGCAUAACUGUUAAUAUGACUGCAUGAGUAAUUGUUUCUACCGGAGAUUCUCUCUUUUAACUUUUUUACUUUUUCCAUUUAUUAAACUCUGACGCAGACACAUUAACAGUUGUGACUUUGACGGGUUGUGCUGAGACAGCUUGUGUAAAUAGCUUUUCUCAUAAAUCCCCAUCAUUUCUGGGAUGGGGGGUAGUUUGAAACUGUGCCUUAAGUGUUGUAACUCCCUGUUUUGUAUGUUUACAAUCGCAGUUCUUUAGUAGAUGGCAGUCUUUUUAUUUCUUGCCCGUCUUUGUAGUCUGGCAGUUCCCCAGCCAUUUGCAUUGGUCUUUAAGUUGCUCCACUACAUGCCUUGCGUCCUUUUACCUUUCUUUAUUUUGGUUUUUUCCUUUUACACCGCCCUUUUUUUAACCACACCACGUUACAAAAACCGGAAGGGCAACUACCUCUUAUUCUUGUUACAUGUUAUAGCCGUAUACUUUUCUCUUUGUAGAUGUAUGAGAUACAUUGUAGAAUUUCCCAUUCUUUUCCAUUAUUAAGCUUGCAAAUUUGUAGAAACCUUAGAGGUUGUACUCCAAAAUUCUCGAUAUUUUACCUGUUUUUGAAUGUGAUACUACAUACACCAAAAUGU